CUGCAGUAUUUGAGCUCCUGACAGGAUGUGUGCGCGCUAUCUUGGAUUUGUGCUUCUGAUUUGGUUUGCAGGAGUGACGCAUGCACAAAAUGCAAAGGCCUGCAAGGCUCCUGUGCUGAAUGGGGGUUAUUUUGUCCCUGAAGAAGACAUUUACGGUCAUGAUGCAGAGCUCACUUACGCUUGUGAUUCUGGACUGAAACCAGUGGCGGAGGGUUGGUGGGCGACAAGCAAAUGUGAAAAUGGGAAAUGGGUUGAUAAACCACAGUGUAUAGAUGAAAACGCCUGCCUGCCCCCAACAAUACCUCAUGGAAAAUAUAAUAAAGCACAAAAGGGUUGGUACAAAGAACAGAGCUCUAUUUUGGUACAAUGUGACAAUGGAUAUGUACUCGAAGACAACCGUAGAUCCACGUGUAGAAAUGGAACCUGGACCUCUUUGCCUGUCUGUGAGAGAAGGAAAGAUUCAUGCAGUGAGCCUCCAAAAAUCUCUCAUGCAGUCAUAAUUCAUCGAUACCAGGAGGUGUUUUCUGCAGAUUCAGAAGUGAAGUAUGAAUGUGAAGAAGGUUAUACUCAAAAGGGCAACAAUAUCAUCGUUUGUGAACAUGGACAAUGGUCUGCAGGGCCAACAUGCAACGAAUCAUCAGCAGAUCAGGGACACCCUGCAUCAGACGAAGACGUCCAGCCUGAGGGGGGAGACAGAAGAGAAAGUGGAGCAGGCAGUGGUAAACAACCGGAGGGGGGAGGAAUGGGCACAGGACACCAUGACCCUGCUGUCAGUGGAGGACAACCUACAGGUGGAGGCAGCGAAACUACUGGACAUCAGGGAGGAUCUUCUAGCACCUCUGACUCAAAUAACAGAGACAGUAGACCCAUACUGAUGAAUGUUCGGUCGUGUGGAGCCCGCCCAUACAUCGAAAAUGCUGUAAUUGUGGAAGAAGGUCCAAUGUAUUUGAAAUACCAGUGUACAAGUUAUUACAGACUAGUUGGUCUAGACACUGUGAGUUGUUACAGUGAUGGUAGCUGGUCUGAACUACCCACGUGUGAAGAAGCGUUCUGUGUAAUGGAUCCUGCUAGAAGUGCUGGUUAUGGUCUUGUAGUAACUCAAUCUGAAUACAUAAGGGAAGGAGAGGCAAAGGGUUUUCAUUGUACUACAAGAGGCUUACAUGCCUUUGUUUGGUGCACUAACAGAAAAAUAGUUUUGACCAGAUGUUGUAGUGACUAUGGACAUCGAUAUUAUGAUGAUUGCAGAAGAUUCAGUUAACCCAACUGACAACACGACCUUUCUGAAACUCUUCAGCCAGAACCUGCAGAGCAACAAUGAAACACGUUUCUUUUCUUUGUACAGUUUUGGGGCUGAUUGUUCUUUAAACACCAAACUGUCCAUAAAUGAUUUGAACUUUUCAUGCACUCAGUACAUGAUGUGUACACUGAAUCCAUAAAGUGUUGAUGGCUGGCUGAGGUCUGAAUUAAAUGUUUCAUCAUCAGA